AUGACCGGCCUUGUCGACCUGAUAGCUACUGAGUCUACGGCGGAGGGCUACACAGUGCAGGUGGCAGUGAACGACUACCUGGACAUCUACUGCCCGCAUUAUAACACUACCGCCACUAGCCAGCGGGGGACGCUGGAGCGCACAGUGGCCGAGCAGUACGUCCUCUACAUGGUCAGCUACCGCGGCUACCGCACCUGUGACCCCCAGAUGGGCUUCAAGCGCUGGGAGUGCAACCGGCCGCACGCGCCCCACGCGCCCAUCAAGUUCUCUGAGAAGUUCCAGCGCUACAGCGCCUUCUCCCUGGGCUACGAGUUCAACGUGGGUCACGAGUACUACUACAUAUCCACGCCCACCCAUCAUCACGGCCACAGCUGCCUGAGACUGAGAGUCUACGUCUGCUGCUCCACAGUCUCCCACGAUGAUGAUUCCAGUCAGACCCCUCCUGACUACACAUUCAGGCCCAAUAUCAAAAUACACAACAUCGAUGAAUUUAACCCUGAAAUUCCCAAACUGGAGAAGAGCGUCAGUGGCAGCAGCCCAUCACGCGAUCGCCUUCUGCUCACCGUGGCAACAUUGCUCAUCUCCGCCCUCCUGGUGUCCUAGCAACUGUCUCCCCGAGUGACAUCACAUGGAUACCUGGACCGCUUGGCCUGAAGGGCUCUGUAUUCACUAACCCUGGGUUCAAUUAGAAAGUGGGAGUAAACCAAGGAAAGGACACAUAAUUCAACCAAACAAAAGCCAGAAUUACAAUCAAUUCGACACAACCAUUAAAAACAGGACUUACUCUCGGAUCGUACUCACUUAAGGAGAGGCCUUUAAAAUCUGCCAUUUUGCCCUUGAGCAAGGCAGUUAAUCCCCCAAAACAACUGCUCCCCAGGUACCGAUGACGUAGAUUAAGGCAGCCCCCCUGCACCUCUCUGAGUCAGGGUUGGGGUUAAAUGCGAAGACACAAUUCAGUUGUGCAACUGACUAGGUAUCCCCUUUCACUUUCCUUUCCCUUUUUCAAGUCUAUCUCCACUCACCUCUAAUCACCGUUGGUACACAGUUUGUGCGACAUGAUGUCGUCGGUUCAUGCGUUGUCAGACAUACACUUUGUGCAUAUGUGCCACCGCGUUUCAUGCAUUUGGUAUGCCACCACAAGGACCAAUAGGAGAAAAUGGCAUUCAGACUUAUAGACUUAUGAUACUUCCAUCACACCUAGGCUGCCUCUGGCUACACAUAUGCAGUUAAAGUAGGACAUGUGCAGUGGGAUUUGUAAUGGGAUGUACACAACCAUACAGGAGUAUGGCUGCCUGUCCAUCUGCUAAGGAACUCACAUGACAUUGCCUUCAGCUAGUCCCAAUAUGGAGGACCUUUGAGCUCUGUGGAGUAGGAUGGACUGGGCUCCACUGAACGUGACCAAUAGACUGGGGACUGUAGGCCUCCAAUGGGCUUUGAGGACUGGACUCAGCUGGACUUGGCUGUGCUGCAGUACUGUGGCCCAUGCUGGACUCUGCCCGAGAUUCGCUGUACUGUGCUGUGCCAUAUACUUGCAGCCAUUUCUCUACACUGCUGCCAUUCUACCGGAUGUCAACCCAUCUUUUACUAUCAUGGUGGUGUUGACUGGAAAUAUUUUGAGAAGAUCUCUAUAAGGCUUUCGAGUACCGUUAUCCAUCUCCUCCAGAUGUUCUCUAACCUUGGCUUUGUGGUGCAUAGAAAGGUCCAGAGCCCAUAUGUCCCUCCAAGAACUGGUCCUAGAUCUGUCCUAGAUCUGAGACUCUGGACCUUUGCUUUUAGAGCAUUUCCAGAAGCACACAUCUGUGUUUUUGCUAUAUACAUUUACCCAUAACACUUUGCAUGGGUUCCAGGUACCAACAUUUUAUCAAUAGUCAACAGAGUGGUUUCUAAUACCACAAAUUACAAUAUGAAACAUUUCACAACAACAAAUUCCCUACAAAUCCAGACCUGAUUUAAAUUUGUUUUUUUAAAUUCCCGUCACUUUUAAAGGUUCCUGAAUCAGGGCUGGUCAUUAUUGCAAUCCCAGCCACCGUGGUAACGACCCAAUACAGUCGCCAGAGUGCCACAGGUGCCUGACUGUGAUUUGUGUCACAGAUUACUUUCGCCGCCAUUUUGUAAACAUGUGUGAAUGUGCAAACAGACAGCAGUCCUCUGAUGUACUGUUUUAUACUAUAAAGUCGGACAAUAUCAGGAUUGCAUUAUCGAUGACAAUGCUGUAUGGUUUUAUUAACAUUUACAUUUUUUAAGUAUGUUAUUUAUUGAUUUGCUUGUUUAUUUAUGUACAUUUUCAAGUAUUUUUUCAUUAAUUAAGCUACUGUGCCAAACUAUAAUUUUUUUUUGCUAAAGUACUUGCUUCUGUUAAGUACAGUACCAGGAUAUGUGCCGGUUAAGACUAUUAAGGAGAGAUGUAAACUCUUCUUCUCACUUGUUAUAAAACAUCACAUUUAACCAUAAAACUUAUGGCAACAGCACGGAGGAAAUAAGAGUACAGGUGAUACCGGAUAAAAGACGUCACCCCUUAAGUGCUGAAGUUAAACAUUUUGACACAAGAAAUGAGGAUAGUGCAUUGUAAUGUGACUUUAUAUGCAUACAGGUAGGGACAGAAUGUAUGUGUGUGUGUGUGUGUGCGUGCGUGUGCGUGAGAGAGAAAAGGCAUAUCCUUGCACAUUCGUGUGAGUUAUAUAUGUAUUAGGAGUGUGAUUGUCCGCGCUUUCGAGUAUGUGUGCAUUUUAGACAUUUGGUAUUCGUUGAAGGACUUGUUUGUAGGAUCUGAAUAUGCAAGCGUGUAUGAGAGAGAGAGAGAGAGAGAGAGAGAGAGUGAGAGAGAGAGAGUGAGAGAGAGAGAGAGAGAGAGAGAAAGAGUUAGAGUGAGUGUGUGCUUCAGUAAUGUUAGUUUAUGUUAGGAUUUUAAAAAAGCAUUUACUAACGUUGGAGACAACAACAAGAAUUGUGUUUACCUUUGACAAGAAUCAAUAAAAAAACAACAUGUCAACUGAACUAAGAAUGACGAUUGUUAAAAUAAUGACAAUAAAAAUCUUACUUUUA